CUUUCCAGCACCUUCGAAGUGCUCCGCAAUCGCAAUUGAAAUAUUUCGCAGAGCUGUUGCUGCUGCUUCAACUACCUUCGCAUCGACUUUCCUCGGAACUGGAGCUGCGGGUUGGAACUGCACCCGUGUGAUCGGAUAUACUCUGCCUGAGGUUAGCACACAGAAAACAUGGUGUUCAUUGAGGUUGCAGAAGUCGAUGCUCCUGAAUAUGAGCAGCAGAAGUUAAAGAAGAACCCGAAGUCGACUUCUUCUGUUACUCCAGAAGCGGCUUCUCACAAAUCUGGUAGCCUACCAGUGGAAGAAAAGGACACUAGUGUUUCAGUUAGCUCCGAGGGCACGAAUAUGCCGGAUAAAGAAGCAUUACAUCAGGCUAAGUCCAAGCAAAGAGGUAACUUACAUGCUGAAGGUGAAGGAGAUGGAUGGGAUACCGCAAGUGAAGGAGACGAGGUAGUCGGUGAAGAGAAGAACGCUUCAAGUUCGAACGAGAAAUCAGCUACCACAUCAGGAAGCACCGAAGAUCAUUUUGAGGAUGCUUUGACUGAGGAGGAGCUCCGAGCGAAAGCCAUAUCUCUAGCAAAUGCAGCGAAGUCUCAAGGCAACAAUUUGUAUGCAGCCGGCAAAUACUCGGAGGCCUUGGAAUGCUACGCUAGUGCAUUGGAAGACGUUGCCAAUGAUCCAAGUGCAAAUGAGCUGCGUGCACAAUGCUACUCAAAUCGAGCUAUUUGCGAAAUCAAUCUGAAUAAUUACUCGGCUGCAGUGAAAGAGAGCACGAAGGCUCUAGAGCUUAACCCGAACUACUUGAAAGCCCUAAUGAGACGUGCGCAGGCCAAUGAAAACCUUGAGAAAUUUGAGGAAGCUCUUUCUGACUUGAAGAAAGCUCUUGAACUAGAUCCUUCCAACAAAGCAGUUAGGGCUUCGAUUAUCCGGCUGGAACCAAUUGUUGCCAAGAAAAGAGAGGAACUCAAGGAUGAAAUGAUCACUAAAUUGAAGGACCUCGGUAACAACGUACUUGGAAAAUUUGGCAUGAGCGUGGACGACUUCAAAGCAGUGAAGGAUCCCAACACUGGAAGCUAUUCCAUUUCUUUCGGCAAAAGUUAAGCUGGAAAGGGGGUUUGCUAAUAUUCCUUAGAGUUGUGAGGUUCUCGUCCUAGCUGCUCUGGUUCAUAUGCCUACAUGUAAAAUGAGUGCGGUUUCUUGUGAAACUGGAUAGCUCGUUUGAAAUGUAAUUCUGCACAACUUUAUUAAGUCCUAUGGUGAUUAAGAUGGAUUGUUGCUGGACAUGCGGAACGUUACUGUUUCCCUCUUUGGGUUAUUUUUUUGCCACAAGGCAUUGAUAAUUGUUCACAUCUUUACUGCGAGUUAUUUGAAGCCA